AUGGACCUAAAGGGCGCCCUUGUCAACACUAAUCUUAGAAUAUAUCCUUCUCAAAAGUUUAUUGAGUUUAUUAAAACUAUUCCAGUCACAAAAGAAGUUCCUGGAAAUAUUGUAACAUAUAUUAAUAGUGAAAAUAAAACCAGUUCAGAAAUAAACUAUGAUAUUGAUACAAAGCAAACUAAGUUGACGGAGACAGAUUAUAAUAUUAUUAAUAAAAUAAAGGCAUUAGUUGCAUCAGAUGAAACAACUAAAGAUAAAGAUGAAAUAAAAGAAAAUGUUAAUUGUAAUAAAGAUGCCUCCAAGUUAGAGGACAGAAAUGAUAUAGUUAAUAUAGAAAGUAAAAAGGAAGACCAAGAAAUGGAUGUACCAUUCCUUACAACUUCUGAUUUAGAUUGGCUCUAUAUUUAUUUAAAAAAUCAACAUGACAAGGGUGAAAAAGCACCAUACUUACAUGCAUUGUUACAAUCAUCUGAAGUUAAAGUACCUAAAAAUAAAAUACUUAAAAGAAAUCCUGAUUUAGAAGCAAGGUGUGUCAAACUCCGUGCACAACAAGAGGCAAGGGAAUAUAGAAAAAUGACAAAAGGUGUAGAUAAUGUAAGGAUCCGCUAUCCAGAGGACAGUAUUUCUUAUCAAAUUAAGCAACUAAAUCGUCAUUUGAUUGCAAUUGGACAGUUCUUAUUAUCAAUUUUUGCUGGUUUUCUCUUUGGAUUUCGGGGUGUUGAAUGGAUAGUUGGCAACUUAGACUUUGGAUUUAGGCUCUUACUUGGUGUUAUGUGUGCAUUAGUUAUAGCUCUUGCUGAAAUUUACUUCCUGGCUAAGAAACUGAAUGAAGAAUUAUCAGUACCAGAAACUGUUCAGCUUGGCGGACCUGUCAAGUUUGCUAAUGAAGUAAAUUAUGUCACUGAUAACAAGCAUGCUAUAACGAAAGAACAUCAGGAUUAGAAGAAUAAAAACGUUUAAACAUAUAGUUAUUAAUUUUUAAAUAAAUACAUAAUUUUUAGUGCCCAAAUGAAUACUACUACAAAUGAACGUGGUAACUUUUUUCCACAUCUCUAUCUAUUUUCACAAUUGUAAACAAAAUAAAGAAAAAUGUUUUUUUUAAACUUUACAAAACAAGAACAACUGUCCAAAUUAUAUUGCGUUUUGAUUAAAUCACAAGUAAGGUAUUGCAAUAAAGAUAUUAUCCAGUUGUUAUCAGACCUUUCUAUAAUUUCGCUUUUCAUUAUAAAUGUAUCUACAGAAUGAAAUUGUAUCUGAAUGUCUAUAUAAUAUAUUACAGCAGCAGUACUUA